AUGAACAUUGGUUCCUGCUGUUUGGGAUCGUUUGGGCUGAUGCAAGAAAAAACUGGAACGUCUGCGACUCCAUUUUACAUUUGGCCAAAAAGAAAAAAAAAAAAAGCUCAUGAUUGGGAAGAGGUUUCCAUGGCCUUCGCAAGCCGUCAUCCAGUCGAGUUUUCCCCAGUGGCCGGGGUUUUUUUUUCCGUUUUGAAAGAAUUCUUCUUUAAAGCGUCCCUCUGGGAAGUGGUGCGGGCCAAUUGUCUCGAUAGAAGAGGGUUAAGUGAAUUUCUAAAUAUUGCACGUUUCACUAUGGGUUUAAAAACUGGGCUAGGAGUCUACCAAAACCGUUUCCCGAUUUCUGACGUAGGAUAA